AACGUCACAAUGUCAAUGUGGUGAAUUUGUUUGACCAGUUUUAUUUUCCUUGGAAUUCGAAGCAUUUUUAUUGUAUUUCUAACCAAAUUCAUAAUAUUUUGUGAUGGAUUACCAAACCUACAAUGGCAGAGAAACUACAAAAGCAAAUUAUUGACUAUUUUUCUUUCUUCGAGGAAUUUUACAACACAUCCAAAACGUGUUUGAAAGACUGCCAGGACUGCGCAAUUUCUAUAAAUAAAUUGAUAAAACGCUGCAAAAACAUCAAAGAGUAAAUAUUUUUUUAUUGCUUUAUUUAUUACUGGUAGCUAGGAGUUCAAUAUUUUCUCUGUUCAAGGCGAUGUUCAUUGCACUUGCAAUGUUUAUGUAAUGGCAGGUCUAUGAAACUAGUAAGUAGAGCUGAAUUAAUAGGGACACCUCUUGAAGAAUUUGAUGAUCUUCAAAACAAACUAUCUGCAUCCCUUCACAACCAAAUAGCUGAAGAUAUACAAGAUAUCAAGGGUAAAUUAUCUACCCUAGAAAACUUGUUUGAGAAGCUUGUCAUCAAGCAUACCACUCUCCUGGACACCUACAAUCACAUUGAUUUGGAACCAAACUCCAUACUCGUAAAAGGUUCUGCUUUCCAACCUCCCUUAGAACAGCUUCUAGAAUUUUCUGAAGACACAAUUACCUUUGGUGGGCAAAUUUGUGCUCAAAUUGAAACCUCCCUAAACUUACUCACAUAUAAAGGUUUAUACACAGAGUCUUUACCAGAGAACUUCCGCAUAUUCUCUGAUUGGCAGCGCCGCAUCCCUGAAAUCAUUGCUUAUACUUCCUUCUGCUCUGAAAAUAAAGUAUAGCUAUAUAUCAUGGAUUUCUUAGAUUCAAUCUUGAAUUCCAUGCAAGGCCCUCCAUCCACAAGUGAGGCACAGAGAAAUGCCAUGAAGAAGCAAAAAGAGGCUGUGGAAAGAAAACAAAAGGAAGAUAAAAACAUGUUGAAUAAAUUUAGGAAGCGUGUAGAAGAGAAAAUAAGUAAUUUCAUCAAAAAUUCAAAUAAACCUUACAUACAGUUUGAACCGAUGGACCAAAUGUACCGUUCGAUCAUCAGGGAUGUAUCAGAAACUGCAGGAGUCCAAGUUUUUUCAUUUGGUCAAGAAGGUAUAGACCGAUAUGCAGUGGUGUACAAGAAAGACAAGGGCCCUUCUGAAGAUGAACUAACAGUACGUAGAGCGGGUGGCAUUUGGGACGACGAUAAAGCCGCAGAGAUGGCUCAAAAGCAUAUAGAAAUGCAGAAGCAAGCUGCCCUGGAAUCUGAAGAAGAGAAAAAUAGGAAGCGUAAACGAGGUAAAGAGGAAUUGAGCGGAACAUUUUAUAAACAAAAGUAUGUUCAUCUCAUAGGAGAGGAUGCAGCAAUACAGGCCGCUCAGAAAACGGGUGUAAAUAAAAGUUAUGGAGAAGUUCCCAGUGAAAAUAAAAAAGAUCAGAGGUCUAUUGAGCAGACCAUGGCUGAUAUACGAGCUAAAAAGAUGAAAAAGGCUGAAACUGAGAAAGCUGAAGCAGCUGUAAGUAGCAUACAAACCUAGUAUUCGAUUUUCACUAGUUUAUUUUCUAGAUGCCUAAUAUCGUUAUGAUAUGGGUUGUAAACUAGCUUAGAAUUAAUUUAUAAUAAUAUGUCAUUUCAUAUCUAAAUUUUUCAAUUGAUUUCGAGCAACAUCUUUAGAUUUAUUAAUAAUACCAAUCCCUUUAAGACUACUGAUUUCAGUUUUAAUAUAUCUAUGGUGUAUCAAUAUUAGCUGAAUUCAAAAAGCAACGAAAAAAGAAUGUAAUAUUGGUAUUUUUGUUACGACAAAAAAUCUAUUCUAAUUACUGAACAUAUAGAACACUAGACAUGACAUAUUUAACUUUAGAUGCGUAAACUGAAUUAUCUUCCCUUAAUGGAGUAAUAUUGAUGGUUCUACACCCACAGAUAUAAGACCUUUCUGGCCAUAUGUUGUGGUUAUUAUAAAACCAGUAAUGGCAAAACUAUCAUUAUUAAUUAUUAACUAAUUGUUGAUUGUGUUAAAUUGACGAAUUCCUACCUUUUUUAGAUUGUAGAAAAUAUUCUUAAGAUUGUGUGGCAUACUUGUUACUUUAUAAGUAUCUUCCCAUUCACAAAUACCAAUUUAAGUUAUCCAACGAAAGUUAGGUAACUGUACAACUAAUUAUUGUUAAGAAUUGUUUUUUAGAAGACUAAUAGUUUAUUUUUAUAUGUACAGUUCAAAUAAGACUGGAUUGAUUUCAAUGUAAUUCGCGAAUUACUGAGCAAUAAAUUAAUUAACUAUGCA